CAUAGCACUGUAUGUACUGCAUGCAUGCACUGUACUUGCAUUGAUGAUGCAUUAGGACAUGUAUCUGUACGUUUGCACGUUUAGCAACAUGUAGGCAGUUUCCUUUUGUCUUUGAUGAAUUAAGGACAAUUAUCUGCUGUUUAUCAGCAGAAACAUGGUAAGAUGAGCUCCGAAUUUGUCGUUUCUGCCGAGAAGCGCGACGAUGUUGCAAAGAGGCUCUUGCAUAUCCAAGAUUUGUUCGGCGUGCGUGUCUGUUGCGGAGAACCCGAUGGGACUGGGAGUCGGUGCGGAGAUUCCGGGUGUAUCCUGCCGUCGGACUCCGGUGGCGACACGGAUGUUUGUGCUGACUCGUCAACUCCGGCUCCUGUGUGGGUACAAGUUUUUGGCGACUCCAAGGACGUCUGUGAAAAAGCAAAGGAAUACAUCCUCUCUGUUUGUUCGGACAGAAGAAUUGAAGAAGGCUACGCACGGCAGACCCUCGCCAUGCUGGACGGACGCAUCCCGCAGCUGGAGUACGCCUCUGGCGCCGUGAUCGAGCAGGUCUCCGAAGACAAGCUACGGAUACAGGGCCGCGAUGAGAACAUCAUGAGGGCCAUGUCCCUUAUAUCUGCGAAGACGAACGGUGAAGCUCGGAACUCUGAGAACGGUGCAAUACAUGUAAGGAGAGAACCCUCCAGGACAAUCACUGCCACUUCUUCAAGGACAGACUUCAGCGAUUGCAGUCAUUCCACCAGGGUGGAUGAAGUCGCCGAGAGAUCGAGACCCGUUGCAGUUGAGAACGGGAGUCCACGAGAGUCCCCAAGCAAGGAACUGCAGACCAAAGCUGUACCGUCGCCUUCCGUGUCGACCUCGUCAUCGAAAUCAAACUCUCAGAACAAGCAUGAGGUCAUCAUUGCCCUCAUGCUCAAGCUCGGCUACUCCAGACAGAUUGUAGAGCACGUCUUGGAACAGAUCGGCGACCAGGCCUCGAGCGACGAGGUCCUGCGGAUGCUGGUGAACCUUGGAUCACCAAAGAUCACUGAAGAUGUUAGGGGAAGCGAGGCCAAGGAAGGGGAUGGGGGAUCAGGGCGAAAGGAUUUUAGCGAUGGAGUCGAGGAGCCCGAGGAAACGGAUUCAGACCCCCACAGGCCAAUCAUUAUCGAUGGAAGCAAUGUAGCCAUGAGCUAUGGAAACUCUAACAUCUUUGACUGCAAGGGAAUCCAUACAGUCGUGAUGUGGUUCCUUCUGCGAGGUCAUAAGAUCAUCUACGUCUUUGUACCGAGCUGGAGGAAGGAACAGUCCAAACCGGAAACCCCCAUCAAAGACCAGGAGAUCCUAAUGGACCUGGAGAAAUCCAAGAUUCUCGUCUGGACUCCAUCGCGGAGGGUCAAAGGUCGGCGGAUGGUCUGCUAUGAUGACCGCUACAUCCUCAACCUGGCCCACGAGCUGGACGGGAUCGUGGUCUCCAACGACACGUUCCGGGACCUCUGCGCGGAGAAGCCGGAGCACCGAAAGGUGGUGGAGGAGCGGCUACUGAUGUACUCGUUUGCCGGCGAUAAGUUCAUGCCACCUGAUGAUCCUCUGGGAAGACAUGGUCCAAGUCUGGAGAACUUCCUGCGUAAGACGCCUUCCAAGCCCAGCCAUCAGAUGCAGCUCUGCCCCUAUGGUAAGAAGUGCACCUAUGGCAACAAGUGCAAGUACAGCCACCCUGAGAGGAGCAGGAACGUCAAGACCACCAGCGAGAUCCUGGUGGAGAAGGACCGCCAGAGGCAGGAGCAGAAGCUCAAAGCCGACCUGAUGGCAAGGGCGCUCAAGACGGAGAUGCUCGAGAUGCCGUGGGAAAAAGAGGACGGGAGGGCAGGAAGCGCCACGGAACCCUUACCUAACCAGUCGGGAUCAUCGCGGGUUUCUGGCAUGUUUCGUGGGGUAGCAACUCAGCAGCCGCAGCAACAUGGAGGUGCUGUCACAUUACCCUUGAGUAAUCAACCAAUGCCGGACAACCGCAUGAACACAGUGCCUUUGGUUGGUCCGCAGCAUAUGCAGCAUGUGCAGCAGUACCGUAUGCACCCUCAGAACUUGCAGUCUAUCAACGAGGGCUGGGCGCCUGCGGAUGAGAGGGUUUCUGAAGGUUGGGUAUCCUCUGAUCAUAGAGUCCCUCCCCUGUACCACCACGCCCAGGCAACGGCCCCGCCCCAACAUAGGAACCAACCCCUCCCGAACAGAUCUUCGAUGACCGCUCCUCUCCAGGGGUACUCUCACCAUCCUCUGCCUAGGCGAGACAUGAUGACGGAGCCUCUCUCCGCCCACGAUUACUACCAGCCCCGUGCCGCGCAGCAGUCGGUUAAGCGCCACUCUCUACCGAUGGGCACGGUCGAACAGCAGAGACCAACUCUCCAGCAGGUUCACCCCUCCUACCAGAGGGACAGAGGCAACAUGGGUGACUUCAGCAAGGAGUUCCAUCAAAUGUCACUCCAUGAUACCACCAGCCAUGGAGGUGCCUUUGAGGAGGAAAGACAUUACAGCUACCCCUUGACCAAGCCUUACAGAGGCUCAUCUGGCCUUACCACACAGACUCCAGCCAAUAUGUACACAGACGAUGAGGGUUAUUAUUCUCCAAUCACUCCCAAAGACAUGAGCAUUCCAUCACCAGGGCAGCCCUCCCACUCGUCAUCUGUGAGGUACCCUCUGCACCCCAACACCGACAGCAUUCCUCCUCAGUCUCACUCGCAUCGCUUCAUGUACCCCAGCGCCACGCCCUCCCCCUCCUCCUCCUCUGCAUCCUACCCCUUACCCCCUCCUGCUCCCCACCAGAUCUCCGGCGGGGGCGGAUCUGAUGCCCUCAGGCAUGGAGGCGGGGGCACCUAGGGGUGCAGCAUCAGGGUCAGAUCAUGAAUCCCAUGGGCAGUCCUCGGAGGACGACCGAGCCAAAGCAGCCCCUACGACAAGUCUGGGGCGAUGCGGGGGCGGAGCCGAUGCCCCCAAGGCAGGUCUGGGGCGAUGCGGGGGCGGAGCGGCUCCCCGAUGCCUCAAGGCAGCAUCUAGGUCAUGAUGAAAUGACCUACCACGAAAGGAUGAGGAGCUCAUCGUCAGGACAACUUCAGAACUAGAAACUUGAGCUACUUACUAGGGUAGUGUAGACAAUAUUUGUUGAUUCACCCCCCUCCCUAUUACUGCUAUUUAAAUCAAACUGAUGAGACUUAAGUGAUAAUCAGAAUCACUGGGAUUUUCAAUGUAAUUAUGAUUUCAAUCUAUGAUUUUAAUCAGCUCAGAUAUAUUUGAGCUUGAGCCAAACAUGUCCAAGUUAGAAUCUUAGACAUGUAAGACAUCUUCUAGACAGAUGCAUGUUGGCAUGAUGCUACAUGAAAGAGAUGAGACACGUCUUCUUAUGUGACAAUAGUGAUCUUUUAUUUGUAUUAUUCAGUUUCACUUUAUUGAUCUUCAAGCCAAAAAUCUAGCAUUAUCAUGAUUUAAUUGCAGGCCAAUAUCAUUCCAAAAGUAAAAAGAAAUCAAUCAAUAUUAAUUUUGUAUUACUCAUAAAUUCAUGUAAUUUACAUGACGAAAUCCUUUCAUAGGCUUUGAUUGGAGGAUAUGAUCAAUAUGUAAUUAAUUGAUCGUGAAUAUUCACAUUGAUUGUUUAAGAUAAAUGCUUAUUCUUGCAGCCUUACAUGUAUUUCUUACAAGGCUCAGUGAAACCAUAUUGCACAAUAUGACACCAUUGUCCUAAUUUUGCCUUGUCAUGUACACAUUUGCACACUCUUUAAUGAAACAAAGUAAAACUCUGGAUCAUCGUGCAAGCAUUUAUGAUUACUCAAAGUAUAUAAAAGAUUCUACAGAAUUGGGUGCCUAACUGCACAAUAUGACACCAUUGUUCUAUUUUGCCUUGUCAUGUACACAUUGCACACUUUUUAAUGAAAGAAAGUAAAAAAUCUGGAUCAUCGUCCAAGCAUUUAUGAUUAAUCAAAGAAUAUAAAAGAUACUACAGAAUUGGGUGGGUAACUGCCUACUCCAACAUAUGACUAAGCUACCCCCAUUCUGAGCAGCCAUGCAUCGGUAACCCUGUACAAUGGAUGACACAGUCAAUAGAUCUUCAAUGGAUAAAGGUCAUGAUUGUAUUCCGACUGCCAACUUCCCGCCCGUAUUUGUUCCCAUCCGUUGAAGAAUCACUUCCCACUCACAACCUGCUUCCGCUUUUCCCAAAAAGGAUAUACGGUUACGGGAUAGAGGAAGUAGCGCACUUCCAACUACUAAUCACCUGUUCUUUGUCCACGUCUUGGUCAAAUAGGAACGCAAGUCAUGGUAACUGGGGCGGCUUGAUUGCCGGUCGACUGGUAUUAGGGUGUUCAAAGAUUAGUUACCAGUAUAUGAUCUUUUUGGUAUCAUGAUGAUGUGUGUCAUAGGUAUGUUGUAUGAUUUCAUGAGCCGUACCAGGCGCCAUAGGAAUAUAUGAAACUGAAAGUAAACUGUUAUAACAGGAAUUGAUCAAAACCAUGAAAGGUUGAUAGAAAAGUUAAAGAAUUGUUGUUGUCGUUAUGAUGUGUGUCAUAGGUGUGUUGGGCGAUAUUUCACAAGCCGUACCAGGCGGCGAAGCUAUACAUGCUUCUGAAAGUAUCUUUUCUGUGAAACUGUUUAAGCAAGGAGUUGAUCAAAAUCAUGAAAGAUUGAUAGAAAUGUUUAAUAAUUUUUGUGAUCAUUAUGAUGUGUGUCAUAGGUGUGUUGGGCAAUAUUUCACAAGCCGUACCAGGCGCCGACGGGAUACAUGACUCCCAAAGUUGAAUUUCUGUGAAACUGUUUCUGUGAGAAUUAAAAUGAUUUGUAAUGAUGGUAAAUAACUUUUUGCUCUCCCUUUAUCAAUAUUACCCCAAUGAAAAAUAUGCCACUUUCGUAGGUAGGAAGAGCAUUGUAUUUCCUCAUAUAAUUAUAUCCCACCACCCAGCUAUGUAGUAAUGUUGGAAAAACAACAUAAAUACCAAAUUGCUUAUAUAAUGUUUUAUUUACUCUUUUUGUACUUUAUAAACCAUUAUAACCACAUGUACAUAUGUAUCUGUAUGUCUAAACGAAAACAUGUUAAGUAC